AAAAAAAUUGCUGCCUCUCUCUUUCUCUCUCGUCUAGAGAAGUCUGACAUUGUUUUUUUCCCGAACUCUUUGCUCUGCUUUUUGGAGGGUUUUGAAAAAAAUUUGAAGAGAUUUAUUAGCACUUCCCAGCAAUAACACGAUUAGCCUCUCUUCUCAGUUUCAAUUCGUUUUCAAUUCUUGCCGCAUCGAUUUCCAACCCUAAUAUUCUACCAUGACUGAGUACUGGGUCAGCCAGGGCAACAAAUGGUGCGACUUUUGCAAAAUUUAUAUAUCAAACAACCCUGGAAGCAUAAGGAAUCAUGAGCUUGGCCAACGUCACAAAGAUAAUGUUUCCAAGAGGUUGUCUGCUAUGAGAAAAGAGAAUAUUGCUAAGGAGAAAGAACAGAAAGAAACUGCUCGUGCCAUUGAGCAAAUUGAAGCAAAAGCGCAACGUAGCUAUCAAAAGGAUAAAGUGAAGUUUGAGGAGACGAGAGAAUCACUUGAAUUGGAUGACCAAGAAUGGGAGUUUGACAGCAGUACAGGCUAUUACUACCAUAAAACAAAUGGAUUUUACUAUGACCAAAAGUCAGGAUUUUACUACUCUGAUGCCAUUGGCAAGUGGGUGACACAGGAAGAAGCAUAUGCCUCCCCUCACUUUACAUCUAAUGCCGGGCACAAUGGACCAACUGCAAAGAAAUCCUUGUCAACAUCACAGUCCAAAUCAGAUGAAAACAAAGGAAAUAAGUUUAAUAAUGGAUCUUCACCAGGGCCAGUUGUUACAACUUCUUUGAAUCCCAAAAGAAAUGUGAAAGCUGCUCCUUCAUCUCUUGCGGUUGGAAAGAGAAAGAGACCUGGUGAAAAAUCCAAGGUUAUCUCUGAUGAAGAAAAAGCAGCUCUAAAGGCAAGAGAGGCUGCAAGGAAAAGAGUACAGGAGAGGGAGAAACCCUUGCUUGGCCUUUACAACAAGCCUUACUAACUGCAAAAUUUACUUAACAGCCUUGUCUUCCCCCAGAAAUAUGAGGUUGUUUCUUUUUUGUUUGAUUCCUUUAUGCUGGUCGGUGUCCUAAUUCUUCAAGUGUUUCCCAUGUGACUCUACCUUGUACAAUGUAACUGUUCCGUUUCUUUUUUUAGUUUUUGCAAUACAUGCUAAUUUUCAGCCUUAGAGGAGAAAAUAAGGGCUUAGAAGUCUUCGCUAGGCUGAUGAAACCAAGUUAAAUCCCUGUUGCAGAAGCUUUUAGAAAACACAUCCAAAUAAGUUAAUCUUAUGUGGAUACAAAAGCAAUGCUCAUUUUACGUUCUUUAAUGUGUUAAAUCAUAUGAUGUACAAGAAGGGAAAACUUACAGUCAAAUAUCCUGAACUUUAUUAUUUUAUUAUUAGUACA